AUGUCGAGGAAAGGAAUCUGGUUCCUCCCGCGGGUGCCUGGUUGCGCGCCAGACUUUACAUACACAGAAGACGGUCCUCUUCGGCUCGGCACUAUUCUUUCCUCCUUCGACGAUCCCACCUCGGUGCUCUUCUCUCCUGCUACCGAUGAGCCGGAGCCAGUAAUUGACUGGCUGCCGAAAGAUGAUGUCGGCACAGAGAAGAAUCACGAGCAUAUUAUCCCUAACACAAGCCUCUCUGCAGGAGCCAGUGUUCUAACACGGUUCUUCGGCUUUGGAUCUGCUUCAUCCGAGUUUGAAAUGAAGCGCGAGUAUUCUCUCAAGCUGGGUAAGGUUGAUCACCGCCUUGUUCGCUUCAAGCAUCAUCUUUCACAACCGAUUAUUCAGUCCAUCCUUGCACAAGACAGCAUUAAAACAUACUCCAACCCCAACGUUUUCCGACAAAUUCUCCCGAAGCCCAUAUAUGUCGUCUGUGGCCUUCGUCUAGCCAAGGGUUCAUUUCCUGUCGUCGAAGUGAAAGCUUCGAAGUCUCACGCCUCUGGGUCUACUAAUGUUCUCAAGGCCACGGACGGAAAUGAAGCCCCAACAGCAUUGGCCAACGCAACUAGCUUGAUUCCGACUGGUGGAACCAUUUCGGGACAUCUAGACUCCAGUAAUAGUAUCAAGCAUUCGCGACGUGCCAGGAUGUUUGCCGAUUCUUCGGCUUUCAUGAACGAUUCAAGUGAUGGGAGUGAAAUUGAAUGUGUUGACGUUACGGAAGAGAUGGAUGGUCUGGACAAAGGUUCUACUCAGCAAGUCGAGAAUGGAGAGUGGGUUUAUAUUCCUGUUACCAAAUAG